AUGAGCACCUUGUCCCUCACCCUACUAAUAUGCAUUUGCCUGGGAGAGGGACGAAGAUCGAAGUCUUCCCUCGCCUUGGAUUGGAGGGAUGCUUCAUUGUCCGAAACUUCGAUAGGACCCAAGUUCUCACAAGAACAUGAAGAUUCCUCCGAUUCCCUUCGAGAAGACAUCCUUAGAAUGCUGAAAACUUCUUCAAUUGAGUCUGAAAGUGAAAUCACUCCGAAAAGUCUAAAUGGUUUUCGAGAACAUCUACAUCACCGUUUAGAAAAUCCAGAGAAUCACCACCCUAUCAGACACAGUGAGCGUCUUCAUUUCCGAUCAGCUGCUCCAAUUCAGGUUACCUGGCCUGUGAAGAAAGAAGCAAUUGUUGACGGGGAUUUGCUGUUGGGUGGAUUAAUGAUGGUCCAUGAGAGAGAAGAUUCCGUUACAUGUGGCCCUGUUAUGCCUCAGGGUGGAAUCCAAGCUCUGGAAGCAAUGUUGUACACUUUGGAUAAACUUAAUGAGGAUGGGGGCCUUAUACCUGGAGUUAAAAUUGGUGCUCAUAUUCUCGAUGACUGCGACAAGGACACUUAUGGCUUGGAAAUGGCUGUGGAUUUUAUUAAAGUAACACCAACAACAACUUCUGCAUAUAUAACUGACAAGGACCAAAAACCUAUGGGUAUUGACAACUCUCUCAUGGAUGAGGAAUCGAACGUUGAUGAAAACUUCGAGGAAUAA